GGACGUCACCGGAGAGCGAAAUAAAGAACACAAGGCACUUCCGAUUACUCCGGAAGUGAAGACUCCUAAGCUCCUCCGCCGGCGGAGGGCCAGGUUGAAGGGAUGGCCGGGCGGACGGCGCGGCUGGUCCUGCUAGCUGGGGCAGCCGCGCUAGCAAGCGGCUCCCAGGGCGACCGCGAGCCGGUGUACCGCGACUGCGUGCACCGGUGCGAGGAGCGGAACUGCUCGGGGGGCGCACUGAGGCACUUCCGCUCCCGCCAGCCAAUCUACAUGAGUCUAGCAGGCUGGACCUGUCAGGACGACUGUAAGUAUGAGUGUAUGUGGGUCACUGUUGGCCUCUACAUCAAGGAAGGUCACAAAGUGCCUCAGUUCCAUGGCAAGUGGCCCUUCUCCCGGUUCCUGUUCUUCCAAGAGCCAGCUUCUGCCAUGGCCUCUUUCCUCAACGGUUUGGCCAGCCUGGUGAUGCUCUGCCGCUACCACACGUCCGUGCCAGCCUCCUCCCCCAUGUAUCCCACCUGCGUGGCCUUCGCCUGGGUCUCCCUCAAUGCUUGGUUCUGGUCCACAGUCUUCCACACCAAGGACACCGACCUCACAGAGAAAAUGGAUUACUUCUGUGCCUCCACCGUCAUCCUGCACUCCAUCUAUCUGUGCUGUGUCAGGACUGUGGGGCUGCAGCACCCGGCCGUGGCCAGCGCCUUCCGGGCCCUCCUGCUGCUGCUGCUGACCGCGCACGUCUCCUACCUGAGCCUCGUCCGUUUCGACUAUGGCUACAACCUGGCGGCCAAUGUGGCUAUUGGCCUGGUGAACGUGGUGUGGUGGCUGGCCUGGUGCCUGCGGAACCGGCGGAGGCUGCCGCACGUGCGCAAGUGCAUGGUAGUGGUCCUGCUGCUACAGGGCCUGUCCCUGCUUGAACUGCUCGACUUCCCGCCUUUCUUCUGGGUCCUGGAUGCCCAUGCCAUCUGGCACAUCAGCACUAUCCCCGUCCACGUCCUCUUCUUCAGCUUUCUGGAAGAUGACAGCCUGUAUCUGCUGAAGGAAUCAGAGGCCAAGUUCAAGCUGGACUGAAGGCCCUGGGAGCGGUCUGCCCCACUGGGGAUCCUGCCCUCUCCCUGCUGGCUCCCCUUCUCCCCAUAAUCCUUGAGAUGAUUUUUUCCUUUUAACAUCUUGAACUUGGACAUGAAGGGUAUGGGCCCAGAAUCAUGUAACUGCCCAUCCCCUUGCUCGCCCCCACAUGGCCCUCACAGGUACUCGGAGUCUGUUCAGGCUUGGCCUGUCAGCAUCCGGGGUUGGAGAAAGGUUCCGGGAGAACUGACGUGGAACUGCGUUCUUAGCUCCACUGAGAGGAGAGCUGCCUCUGCCUCUCCGUCAGCCUCUUCCCUCACCGCCUGGGUGGUUCCCACAGCUGUCUGUCCAGCUGGGAGACCAGGUUCCACAGGCCUUUGGGGACACAGUGGGGCCCCUUCCAUUACCCCCUGCCCUCCUUCAGGGCACCACUAGGUGGCACUAGACUCUUGCUCUUUGGCUGCCCAAGUUCCAAGGCAGGUCUCCUCCCCUUGGGAUCUUGACGAACCAAGCUGCUGGGAUUGGGCAGUGGUCUCACCAGGACUGUUGUCUCAGCCAGAUCCCCAGGAGCCUGCACGUGAGUGUGUAAGGGAGCGAGAACUAGACUGAGAGCAUUGGGCAUUGGACUGAGCGUGUGGGAUGCUGGGUGGGACGGUGUAUGAGCCUGUGUGGAGAGUGGGGUGGGACGGGAGUGGUUUGAAAGUGUGUGUUGAAAGACGAGCAGGGGAGUGUGGGUCAGGGCAGUAUGCACAGACUGGGUGUGAGGUGGGUGUGAGUGCGGUGAGUGUACCACGCAGGGGGGGGAGGUUGGAGAAAAAUGGGGGAUCAAGUUACCACCACCAUCUAUCUAUUGAGCACCAGCUCCAGGGCCCCAGGCCAGGCAGGGAGCCCGGAUAUCCUCAAGGUCUGGCUCGGCGGGGUACGGGUGUCCAGGCUGCAUGUGGGUGUCCCUGUCCGUGGCCCCCACUUUACAGUCCACCUCCAAAUCUCAGAGGACCCACGCACAACUCAGAUCACCCUCCAGAACCAGCCUCUCGGGAGGCAGAGGGAGGAAGGGAUCGUGGGAGCCUCUCCAGCCUUUCUGUCACCAAGGCUUCGUUGCCCCCCCCCCCCCAGUGCCCUACCUGCUAAGCCCCUUUGUCACAGCCUGGACCUUGGGAAGGGGGGGCAAUCUGAGGGAGUAGGGGGAGAAGGCCUGUGGCUGGGUCCGGUUUCUGGCCUUCCCAGAGGCAGGCAGGGGCCACCCUGUAUCUGCACCCCGGUAAAGGUGACCCCUGCUAGUAGCCAGCGGCCCGAACACAUUCCUGCUCCACAAGGAUAGAAUGUGGGGCUCCAGAAACUUUCCAUCCAAAGGCAGUCUCUGCGAUUGGAGCAGGGAGCCUGGAUUCUUAUUCGUUCCCUGCCCCCUUGUCCCUCCCUGUGGUGUAGAGGUGCUAUGCUAGGACUCCAACCUCAGACUUGGGUGGCCCAUGUUUCUUUUGAUACUGAGAACUAUUUUAAGGUAGGAGGAUAGCAAGGGACAUUCUUAAUAAACCAAUUCUCAGCCUCA